AUGUCUGGCUACGAUCAAUACAACCAGGGCUACGGCCAGCAGGGUUACGGUCAACAGGGCUAUGGCCAGCAAGGUUACGGCCAGCAAGGUUACGGCCAGCAGGGCUAUGGCCAGCAGGGCUACGGUCAGCAGGGAUAUGGCCAGCAGGGCUACGGUCAACAGGGCUAUGGCGAGCAGGGUUACGGCCAGCCCCAGCACCACGGACAGUCCUACGAUCAGCACAACCAGUACAGUGGUCAGCCUCAAUAUGGCGAGCACCAGCAGUACGGUCAGCAUGGAUCCCACGAACAGGGUGCUCCCGGUGAAGCCCAGGAGGGUGAGCGUGGUCUCGCCGGUGCCCUUGCCGGUGGUGCCGCCGGUGGCUUUGCCGGCCACAAGGCCAACCACGGCUUCCUCGGCACCAUCGGUGGUGCCAUCGUCGGCAGCAUUGCCGAGGACGCCAUGAAGAAGCACAAGCACAAGGAGCAGGACCAGGGCCCUCCCGGGGGCCCCUACGGCGGUCCUCCCUCCCACCACGGCAGCAGCAGUGGCUCGAUGAUGGACAACCUGGGUGGUUUCUUCAAGAAAUAG